GUCGGCCGGUGGGGAGCGUCGUGGGUUGCGCCUCGAGCUCUCGCGGCGGCUGCUGCCCGCGUCAGUCAGUUAUCAUGCACUAGUCGGUGAUGCAGGAUCCGAAAGCAGCCAGCUCUGAAGGGUCGCUCGGCACGCUGGGCGCCAUGUCGCCCCGCAGGCUGUCCGGCCAGCCGCCCCCGAUGCUGCGCCUUAAGAUGUCCUCCAUGGAAGAGGAGAACAUGCUGGAACGACUGCGGCUCGCCCUCCUCAGGGAGUGCUCCGCGCGCCUCACAGCCGAGAACACGUCCAAGAUCACAAGGGAUGUCUUCAGGAGGGCCUUCCUCGAAAGGGAUUUGCUACAGCGGCUCUUCAGGUUGUUUGAUCACGACCGGGACGGCCUGUUGCACCAGGAGGAGUGGGUGGAAUUUCUCAAAGCCAGGUUGACUGAUGAGAAGCAAGUUGACUUCGCCGAACAGGUCGAGAGCGUGGCCUACGUCCUCUGCGGCGACGCCCCUAUUACCCUCGAAAAGUUCUGCGAGAUUUUCAACGCCAAAGGGGUGCUAGAUAAACUUUACCGGCUGGUGGACCUCGACUCGGACGGAGUUGUCACGCCGGAGCAGGUGAUCGAGUUCAUUUCCAACAUCAGCAGUCCGCGGCCCCUGGCUGGGUUCGAUGCCGCCAGUCUUGAGUGGCUUGAGCAACUUUUUAGGCAAACAGUCGGCGACCAGAAUGAAAUCAGAAGAGAUGACUUUAAAAAGAUUGUCAUAUCUAAAAAUCCCUUCUUCACGGAGAGGGUGUUCCAAAUUUUCGACAAGGAUAACUCGGGUACCAUCUCUUUGCAAGAGUUCAUCGACGCGAUGCACCAGUUCGCCGGCCAGAGCACCGACGAUAAGAUCAGGUUUCUCUUCAAAGUUUACGACUUGGACGGCGACGGGCUCAUUCAGCACAAGGAGCUGCAACACGUGAUGCGAGCAUGCAUGGAGGAGAACGGCAUGAAGUUCAGCGAAGAGCAGGUGGAGGACCUGACCAUGGCCCUGUUCGAGGACGCUGACGUAGAGAUCAGGGGGGCUAUUACCUUCGAGGCGCUCAAGGCGCAGUUGGAAAAGCACGACGGUCUUCUAGAGAACCUCACAAUCAGUAUUGAUCGGUGGUUGGUGCCCCCAAAGCCAAAACCCACCCCCAAGUCGAUUUGGGGCAAACUGCUGGCGAUGCGUCCGUACCAAUUCAGCAUGCCUUACGUCAAGAACAACUACGUCUAUCUCGCGUUCCUCUUGCUAGUAAUCAUCGUGAACAUCGGCCUUUUCGUUUCACGCGCCAUCCAGUACAGAGAGUCCAAUUGGUACACGAUAUUCGCCCGCGCCUGCGGCCAAUGUCUCAACUUUAACUGCAUGUUCGUCCUGGUGCUCAUGUUACGGCAGUGCAUCACUUUCUUGCGAACACGCGGCUGGGGAGUAAUAUUACCUCUGGACCAGCACAUUUACUUCCACAAGCUGACCGGCGUCUUAAUUUUCGUUUACAGUGUGGUGCACACAAUCAUGCACCUCAUCAAUUUCACCACCGUCGUGGUUUAUCACCCAGAGAUCAACGCUGCGAAUUACACGGCCGCCGAGUGGCUGUUCACCGCCAAGCCGGGCCUCUUCGGCCUCAUUCCCGGUGUCGCCAAUCCGACCGGAUUCGCCUUGCUAGCAAUCCUCAUCAUUAUGUUCAUUUGCUCGCAGCCGUUUGUUCGCAGAGGCGGUUGUUUUGAGAUUUUCUACUACACUCACUUGCUGUACAUUCCCUUCUGGAUCCUGACGCUACUACACGGACCAAAUUUCUGGAAGUGGUACGUCAUACCCGGCGCUAUCUACUUGAUCGAGCGAGUGGUGCGCUUUGUCAACAUGCAGACACAGCACGGACAGACGUACAUCAGUUCUGGCAUUCUGCUGCCCUCCAAGGUCACGCAUUUGGUCAUCAAGCGACCUCCGCACUUUGUUUUCCACCCCGGCGACUAUGUGUUCGUCAGCGUGCCCGCCAUCGCCAAGUACGAGUCGCACCCGUUCACCAUUAGCAGUGCGCCGGAGCAGGGAGACACGAUUUGGCUGCACAUCCGCGGCGUUGGGCAAUGGACAAACCGACUUUACGAGUACUUUGAGCAUGAGCAGGAAAGAUUGCAUUCCGAGGAGCAACAACAGCCCAUUCCUCCGAUGAUAGAGGCCAAGCCGGGAGCAGCAAAGAUUCAAGCAUCGAUAAUGCAGAAGUUUGGAGACAGAGACCGCUCUGUUGGGUUUAGGGGCGACGGCAGUUACUCCAACGAGAGCUUCGAUAUCACCGACGAAACGGUGCCAAAGCCGAGAGAAUCUCCUCGUCCUACGGCAGUCGAUAAUCCAUCCAAGAUGGCUCUGGAGCGCAGGAUUCAGUCCUUGACCAACGGCUCCAGCAGCAAUGCAAGCAAAACCCUAGAAAAGUCACUGUCCAUGCCGGACAUGCAGACGCGAAUGAAGAAGAGACAACGCGUACUCGCAUUGCGCGAAUUUGCCCGCUCAGAGAGCGAAAAGAGCUUUAACGAGGCGCAGGUCCGGCGGGCCCGCCUGCAGUCGCUGGGUUUGGCCUACCUCAGCCCCCAGAACCGCACUGUUGCCCAAAGCUUCCGCUACAUGCGCCACAAACCCACGAUAAUCGCCUUCAAAACACCCAGUAUGGAGGAGGCGGCCGCCGAGGCCGACGCAGCCGCCGCCGCCGCGGAGGCAGCGGUAGCGGCCAAAGCUACCGCCCCUGACCAUCGGAUGACCGAGGUCAAAAUCGAGGAGGGCCGCGUACCCGCCCUUCUGCAGACCAGCGUGCUCAACGCCAAGAGGGGCUCCGUCACGCCCGCUAAGUUCCCUAUUGGAAAACCCUUGGAGUUACUCAGGCCGGGGCACAUACAGGUUGACUGCAGAUUGAAGAUCAUCAUCGACGGCCCGUACGGCGCCCCGUCGAGCCACAUCUUCCGCGCGCAGCACGCGGUGCUGAUCGGCACCGGCAUCGGCGUCACGCCGUUUGCCUCCAUCCUCCAGAGCAUCAUGCACCGCUACUGGAAGGCCCGCCACCAGUGCCCCCGCUGCGACUACGCCUGGGCCUCCGACAUUCCGGCCACCGUAAUGAACCUUAGAAAGGUGGACUUCUUUUGGAUCAACCGGGACCAGCGGUCAUUCGAGUGGUUUGUGAAUUUGCUUUCCCAGUUGGAAAUCGAGCAGGCAGAACUCGGUGGCGCAAUGGAGCGUUUCCUCGAGAUGCACAUGUACAUCACCAGCGCCCUGCAGAAGACCGACAUGAAGGCCGUCGGUCUGCAGCUCGCCCUCGACCUGCUCCACCAAAAGGAAAAGCGAGAUUUGAUCACUGGUCUGAAGACGCGCACGAACGCGGGUCGUCCAAACUGGGACAAGGUGUUCAAACAGAUCGCGGACCAGAAGAAGGGCAAAGUGACCGUUUUCUACUGCGGACCACCGCAGCUAGCGCGCACCCUCCGCGUCAAGUGCGAUCAGUUUGGCUUCAACUUCCGCAAAGAGUCCUUCUGAUCGGCACGAGUGUUGACAGCAAGAGUGUAGUUACCAUUGUAGAGGCUCCCUAAUUACCAAUCCGGUCAUAUCGGUCUGACAACCUCUCAAAAUUGAGAUUUUAAACUUGAAGGAAAUUAUUUGCAAUUUUGUUAAUUUGUAAAAAUUGUCUACAAGCACAGUAUUUAAGAUUUUAUUUUCUACUCCGAAUAUAAAAAGGCCUCACAGGGUGAGGCCGCGGCUCUUGGGUGGUGGUGGCUUUCUUCCCUUCAAUUUAAACCUGCUUGUAUUUGAGUUAACGAAAAACGAAAGAGGUCUGUGAUAUUUUUGACGACUUGCCUGCCCCGAAGAUUGAUUUUUGAGAAAUUGUUCGUUUUAUGACACCUCCCUAUUAGCUGUUCUCGUUACGUCCUAUUUAUGAGUAGUUUUUAAUCUGCCCGCUGUAAAUAUUUUAAAGCUUACUUCGCGAAGUACCUUUGAGAGUUGUCACGAAACUACUAAUCAAUCAAACCACCUUUUGCCAAUCCAACGCAAAAUGUUGUAAAAAAUGUUUUAUCUUCUACAGAGGAGAGUUUCCAAUUAUAUAAGAAUCAUGCUGUUCUUUGCGUAGCGUAUUUAUAUUUAUGAAAAGCUUUUGUACUUAUUCCACGUUACCAUGUAUGACAAUCGACGCAUAAAAUAAAAUGCUUUUUACAAGUACACAAAUA